AUGGAUUUCUUCAAAAAUGCCGUCAAAACGGCACAGGAGAUGAAGAAAUCAGUAAUGGAAGUGAGUAAAGAGAUACAAGUAGCCAAGCAAAGGGGAAGAUCCAAGAGCCCUGAUGGGAAAGUAUGUUAGGUUCGGCAUUCGUAAAGGUGAAAUAGGUUCAAAAAGUGAGUAUGAAUACCAUGGAGGGCCUGGAAGACAGAGUAUCUGGAUUUGGAGUGUACAAGGAAAUGAAGACUAACAUGUUCCACAUCAUUCUUGUCGAUUCUCAAGAAUCUGUUUACAGAACGAGCUCUCAAGAAGAAGCAAAGGCAGUAAUGCAACAACUAAAUCAACAUAGUACUCUGAUCAAGGCUGCUGGUAGGCUGGGUAAUUGUAUAUAAUAAAGUUGCAGUAAUAUCAGGACGACUGGAGGAUUUCUGUAAUCAGAUCAGGGCACACAAUGAUUGGGCCGACAUCCAUUUGGCUAGUUAUCUGAACUUUGAGGAUUACGUAAUCAAUGAAUGUAAGAAGAGGGAUCCGGUGGUGGUCUUAAAUAGGGCGACUGCUCUCGAUGGACGAUUUCCUCUUCAUUUGGCUGCAGAACGAAGACAUGUAGCUUUGGUGGUGAAGAUGUUGAAAUUAGGGGCGGACAUGAGAAAAAGCGAUAUAUCCGGGAGAAAUGCACUUCACUAUGCUGCGAUGCAUGACUCGGCUUUGAUAAGGGUAACUGUUUGAAAGUUUAGAACGUAUUCUAGGCUCUUAAAAAGCACUCGGCGGACCACUUCGCUGCGGCUUUACAACAGCGAGAUAAACGAGGAUACACUCCAUUGCACUGUGCACUCCAAACCAAUCAUCAAGAUACCAUCGAAUUCUUGAUUGAUUCUGGAGCCAAAGUAACUGCCGAUCAUGGACUCGUGGCUGGAUUAAGUGCGCUGUAAGAUUGGCGGUUGUUUUGUCAUAUUUUUCAGUGGCCUUGAUUCUAUCUUGGCCAGAGAUCCGGCGGUUGUUAGUCCAGACAACACGUCCAACAUCUUCCACCAGAAGAUUGAAAAGAAGGUGGGUUGGAGAAGAUAAGGUGAUGAGGAAAGACCGUUUGUUAGGAACUAAUUGUAUGCUUAAUUAUAGUACCUAAAAGUGGCAAAUAAGAGAAAUCCAAGGAUGUUGAGUCAGAAGAAUGAACGCGGCCGAACGCCAGCCCAUAAUGCCGUUCUUCGAGAUGAUCUUGACGGCCUAGUCAACUUAGUCGCUUAUGGUGCAGAUGUUGCGGAAUCAGACGAGGAUGGAAAUACUCCAUUGCAUCUCGCAACGUUGCAGCAAACUCCAGUAAUCAUAAAGUUUCUAAUUGCCAUGGAUGGAGGGACACAAGAAAGGAACAAGGAGGACAAGACACCCUCAGAUUUAUGCGGAACGUAAGUGCGCUUAGAGCUAAAGUUUGCUCUUUUUAGUGUGGAAUGUGCCAAGAUCUUCCAGUUGUAUAACCAGAGCCUCGCCUUGUCCGACAAAGGAUCCGGUAAAGAACUUCCGCGUAAGUUUGAUCAAAACGUGAUGGAAUAUGAGGUUGUAGCCAUUAUUAAGACAGCACAACAAGCAUCGAUUCUUUAUCAAACAAAGCCGGAUUCCCGCGAAAACGGGCUUCGACUCCUCUCUUUGGAUGGCGGUGGUAUCAGAGGAAUAGCUCUGGUGAUGAUAUUGAUCCACAUAGACAAGCAGAUAGCAAACGGAAACAUCAUUGAUUACAUCGAUUGGGUCGCCGGCACAUCCACUGGAGCCAUUUUAUCUCUGGCUUUGGCUGCCGGGACUUCCCUUCGUGACUGUCUCAACCUCUAUCUCAGACUAAAAGACGACGUUUUCUCUGGUCCACGCCCUCAUGACGUCGGUCCGUUAGAGGCUUGUUUAAAGGAAAAAUUUGAUGCAAAAACAAUGGCGGAUCUCAAUCAGAAGAUUAAAGUUAUGGUUACGACAACCAAGGCCGAUGUCCAUCCACCCGAACUCAUCUUGUUUAGGAACUACGAGCUUCCAGAAACCCAGGUUAAGAGCUUCAAACCAAAAGAUGUUCACGUUUGGAAGGCAGCAAGGUGUUCCAGGUUUGUGUUCGAAUAGACUGUAGAAGUUUCCAGUGCUGCUCCGACCUAUUUUGCCAGCUUCGACAAUACUUAUCUUGAUGGUGGAUUAAUGGCCAACAACCCGAGUCUUGAUCUUCUCAAUGAGGUUCAUAUCUAUAAUAUCAGCAAACAACUUAACGUAAGUUGCAGAAAAUCUUCAAUCAUCGUUUCUAGGAACAAGACCCUGACCCCAUUUCUUUGCUGCUCUCUUUGGGUACCGGUAAAUGCAAAUCGAAGCCGAUGUCAGCGAUAGAUCUCGAAUUGCCAAAGUCGUUUAGUUGGACAUCUGUUGUUAGCACCGCCUUUUCUUCGAUGAAUACCCUCAAGAAUCUAAAGAACAUCUUUGUGGAACAAUUGGCCGCUUCUGAUGGACAGGUGGUGGAGAGGUCUCGAGGAUGGUGUCACUCACUGAGGACCCCCUUCUUCAGGUUCACCCCAACUUUGCACACUGAGAUCCCAUUGAAUACAUGCAGCAACACUGAGAUUGUAGAUCUCAUGUGGCAGACAAAGUUAUACUGCAUAAGUAGAUCAGACCAGGAGAUCGAAGAGGUCGUCAGGUUACUUAGAGCAAACGAUAAAUAG